AUGAAUCGAACGGAUUCGGACUUGCUACUGUCCGACUUGGAGAACAGCAUGGAUACACUUCCAGGGACUCCGUUGAGUAGGUGUGUGGAUGCAGAUCUCGACCAGAAUUCGGGCCAGGGCGAUUCCCAACCCACAACAACACAACCCUUGACGAGUAGCCGCCGCGAUGCUCGUAUCAAAUCGGAAACUAUGCUAUCUCGCGUUGCCUCUUUCGCCAGUAUUACCGAACCGGUGUCCAUGGAAGAGAUAUUCGAGUACGAUUGGGCCGACAGUGACUCUGAAUCUCCAAACGAUAAAAACAAGGAAUCCUACAUGGUACAGGAGCUGUUGGCGGACUAUUUAAAGAUCAAAUCAUUCAAACGCAAGUACCCUGAUCUAACUCGCCGUACGAUGGAUGCCUACGAACGUUCAUGGCUUCAGCAAGAGGGACUUGUGCCUGUUGGUCGGGCCGAUUUAGGUUUAACUGCUCUGCGUACGGAUGAAGUGAUGAAACUAUUGCAAUCAGAUUAUCCGGAAGUUCAUACUCUCUUGAGUGACUUAUUUCGUCGACGACGGUUUCAGAAGGCAGCCGAAAUACAGAAACGCCAAUACGAGGCCGCAAGAAUCGAACGCGGAGAGGCAAGAGCAGAGGCAGCGCGACGGCGUGCUUUGGAUUCAGCUGCUGAUUACAAUCAUCGUCUGGUCACUGAUCGGUUCACAUCGCGGCGAUGUUACUGGGAUUUACAAACAAUGCAAAUCCACUUCCCCCAACCGGGUUACAAACUGUUGGAGCAUGAUAAACAUCCGAACGGUGCUUAUCCAGUAGCCGUGAUUCCUGGUCAGUUUGCUGAACAUUACGAGGUAUAUACUCCUGAGCAGCUGAUGCGGCUACCUUUAUCGCGUUGUAUCUACUCUCAACCAAGCCGGCGACAUAAGGCUCCACCUCCACUGCCGACAAACCUUCGGUUCGGCUCACUCCAGCCGCGAGUUGUCCCUCCACAAACCACGGAUGUUGGCUCGCAUGGAGGAGUGCAGGACAGUUCAUUCGUGGACUCCAAUGACGUAGAAGAUCAACAAAAGCAAUCAAUGGUCAAUGAGUCAUCAAACCUCAGUGUCACUGCGUUGAAUAAAGAGGUGAAGAAGGAUUCUACAGCCGAACGUUUGGCGGUAUCCGAUAGCACCCCGGUUACGCCAAGUCCAACAAAUUCCAACCGCCUGAACAGUCAGUCGAAUACACCCAGCAAGCAAAGUGAUGGUGUUCAGUCGGCUCAGUGUGUUGUGUGCAAACAGGAGACUAAGACGUACAUUCGUUGUUCCGAAUGCGGUCACACUGGGCAUCCGAAGUGUUUGGACAUAUCAGAGUCCAUGUUGGUUGCUGUUAAAAGCUACCAAUGGUCCUGUAUGGAGUGCAAGCGUUGUGUGGAGUGUUCUGAUUCUGGCCACGAAGAUCAGAUGAUGUUUUGCGAUCGAUGUGACCGUGGAUACCAUGCAUUCUGUGUCGGGCUUGAAGACAUCCCAGACGGUCGUUGGGAAUGUCCAUUGUGUACGCCGGAAUCUAAGAGUGAAACCCCCACAAGGAAGAGGAGUAACAACAGUCGCAAAGGUCGACGUGGUUCUACGGCCUCCCGGACUAAAGCUGAAUCAGCCAGUAAAAGGCCCCGUAAGUACAGGAGACGUUCCGAUACUCCCUCUGCCACAGAUGAUGAAGCGGAGGCGAAACCGAAGCCAAAACGAAAGGCUCGUAAAAAGAAAGAAGAGUUAUCAGAUGUCAGUACGGCGGAAGAUACGCCACCGAAUCAGACUGCGCUUCCAAACUCGUCUGAGGCCGCUCAGUCACAAGCAAGUGAGAAAAAUACCGAAUCUACCCCAAAGCGCAAGCGUGGUCGUCCUAGGUUAACUGAUGUGGAUCCUCGGGUUGGUGGCCGAAAACCUCGACCGCGUCCGCCGAAAAAGUUGAAACUUGAUCCUUCAUCUUGCGAACAUGAGUCAGGCUCGUCGCCACAGCUCCCAUCUUCCUCUGGACUAGAUCAGGUUGAAGAUAGUGUGCCACCCCCGGUUAAUGCUUCCGUGACUCCAGAACACAUGGUUGAUUCCUUAUCGAGCGCGGACAGUCAGACGAAACUGCCUGAAGACUCACAGGUAUCCUCUGACAACAUAAAGGAGGCACCUUCUCCAUCCCGUGAGAAUCUCACAUGUCCUGAAUCGGGUGGUGAAGGGAAUCCCGUUGAAACGUCAACUACCAGCGCAGCUGAAUUUGCUGGUAAUGGCUUUCAUACUUGGCUGCCUCUGGCUCUCUUCCACCCUCCAUGUGGCUGUGCGAAAAGUGCCCUUCGGGGAAUGCUAAAUGCCCAACGAUCAGAUUUAUAUGUCAAACUGGAAUCAUGCAAAGUUGACGUAAGGCCUGGAAAUUGGUGUGAAUGGGGACCAUGGGGUGCAUGUGUUCGAUCAAGCUGUACUCGAACACGUCGACGCCUGUGUGAUUGCCCGACGCCAGCGUCUUGGCAAACGGACGGAGAAUGUAUCGCCACGCGUCCGCAGAAUGAUUACGUAAACGAGUCGAGGUUGAUAAGGCAAACGCGCUACAUCCGCCACACCGUCAGCAAAGAACCAUGUGAGAUUCCUGUAUUUUUCAAAGGACGAUACUUUCCCGACUGCAUACCACAUUCUGAACUAGACGAUUACUCCAAGACCAUCAUUGACCCAAAACACUCAGCAUGUAUGUCCGACGGAGAACUGAAAGCGUGCGAAAAAGACGCAGCCGGACAGCUUGUCGUGCAAGGCAUGCAGGAAUUCGAUGUGGGCGCUUGCGAUGGCUGGGGUACAAAUAUCCACAGACGUUCAGCCGCAGACCCAGCAAGUCGAUUCACUUACGGAGCGGAUAGUGAAUUGGGUCAACAGUGCACUUUUGGUGCUGAGAGUGAAUCGAAUCAAUGUGUUCAAAACUAUUUCUACGGUGUGAACUCAGCCAGCGAUUACGGGAAACUAACAAAUCUUGCCUACGAGAUCGAUAAUUGUCGUUUCGCUUGCGCCAUACGUCGCAACUGCCGAGCCAUUGAGUUCAUAAAGGGAAUUUCGUGUGCCCUAAUCCUGGAUUCUGUGGGCCUGGCCGAUGAGCACUAUCUCGGUGUGACUGUUGAGAGCAAACCUGACGCGUGCGACGGAACUGUGGAAGGAACUUACCCGUAUGCCAGUGCUGUGGCUCUUCUCGAGAGCAAAUAUGACGAAAGACCCAAGAGAAGGCUCUGAGAACAUGACCCAAAAUAACACGAAGAUUGGCCUGUCGUUUGCGUCUCACCACUGUUAUUUUUUAUGUUUUAACAAUGAAACUGCGUGGAAUUUAUAUAAUCAAAUUUUAAGCAACAUGCCGGGCCAAAACUAGGUUUCAUUGGGUUUUCAGGUUGAUCAAUGUUGUUGUGAAG